AUGGCACAAUCAGAAGAUACUGAACUAAGAGAUUUAGUUAUGGAAGCGCUUGAGAAAAAUGGUUCACUCGCAAAAAUUCGGGCAUUGCUAAGAGCAAAUAUUUUUUUAGCAUUUGAAGAUGACUACGAGAGUAUUAGACAAAAUGCCACAUUAGAUACUGUUCUGAAGGUACCGGAAGGAAUAUUAGCUCUUUCCAUUGUUAACGAAUUUUUGGAAUUUUGUAACCUCAAAAAUACAUUAUUUGUAUACAAGUCCGAGACAAGGCAAGAGAGGGAAUUUAAAUACGAAGGUCAAAAAAAGUUGUGUGAAAAACUUAAUAUUAAACAGGAAGAUGUACGAGAACCGGUUUUAGUGUCGAUUGUAAAAUAUAUUGUUAAGUCACGCCAAAAGCACUUUAACGAAAGGAAUAACAAACCUGGCAUAGCAAAACAUGAUAAUUUAAACUACAAAGAUGAUCAAAACUGUACUUAUAUUGUGCAUGAUGAUUCUAGUAGUACGACAAGUCAGUCACAAUCUGACAACUCUUCAGACGAAAAAACUAAACUACAUUUAAGACUGCAAUUAGAUAAUUCAGAUACAGAUACUUCGAGUGAUUCAGCAAGAGACAAGUCAACGAAUUCAGAAUACAUACCUAAUGCACACAUAUUGCAUGUAAAUGACAGUCAAGAUAUUUCUAAACAAAAUACUGCUAGUGUAAUGUUAGAAAAUGAAAAGAACCUCACGUUACAAAGUAAAAAUGAUAAAACUUCCCCAUAUUUUCUGAAUGAAUUGAAAAAUCUACAUAACAGCAGUAGUGAUUCUACAUCAUAUGUAGAGCUUAAACCGUUCAAUGCUGCUGAUGAAAAAUUACUCAAUACUACCGGGAUACCUGUAACAUCAGACAACAAUUAUGGAAAUUUCACUACACUACAAUCUCCAAGCAAAGAAAAUAAUAAAAGUGAACACUUUAAAAAGGGUACUGAAUUGAAUAGUUCUGUGCAAAAUAAUUUAGACAAUAGUUCUUCAAUAUCACAUAAGAUAGAAAACGAAAAUAAUAAGGACAGAUCAAAGGAGAAUAAACCACAAGAACUAUCAUCAACUAAGUCAGAAUCAGAGACAGCUGAGUACAGUUAUGAUUUUAGUCUAUCAGGAGGAUCAAAACAUAAUGAUGUUAAUUCAGAGAAUCCCUCUCCGAAAUCAAUUCAGGAAGACUUAAAUGAUGGCAACAUUAAUAAAAAUAUAGCAGAUAGUCCACACAAUUCCCACAGUUCUAGAAGCUCUGUAUCAAUAUCUGAUGUGGCAGACUUAAUCAGUGAAAACAGUUUAUCUAUUGGCAAAAUUAAUAAAGAUAUAUCACUAAAUAAAUCUAAAAUGUCAAAUCAGCAAUUGAAUAUAUCACCAAGAAAUAUUAAAUCACCAAGUAAUGAUUCUGGUGAUUUCUCCGAGUCUCCAGUUCCUUCUCUAUCUAAUCUUAGCUUGGAUAUUCAUAGUGACUAG